UUCACAGGAACAUUGAUAGGGCCCUGAAACACACACAUUUCUGAGUUGAGCUGUUAACAGCUUAAAAAACAGUGUUAACCUGUUUUUCCAAAGUCUGAAACUAACCCACACAGCUUUUCCAUUCACUCCUGGCAUAGCCCAGUUUUGUUUGCCAGUUUUGUGUAACCCCUCCCCUUUCUUCUCUUACAGGUAUUGUUUUCUAAUUUGGUGUCUCACCUGAAACCUGAGUCCGUUGUGAGGUGAGGCUCGCAGCUCUCUGUAACUCUGACGCUAAAAUGGACUUUUGGAGCAGACCAGCUAAGAUCACUUACAAGCGGUGGACGAAUCCUGAGCUAAGGGGUGAGGCAAAUUUUGUGGGUCGCAGCGAUGAGUCCCAGGGCUCAGACAACGAGAUCUGCACUAUAGCCUCAUCGAGAGCCGACUCAACGGCCAGAUAUGGAUCUAAUAAAACUGAAGAAACCUUUACAGUAAACAAUGCACUGGAGGCUAUCGGUUUUGGAAAGUUCCAGUGGAAAAUCUCUCUUCUCACUGGACUGUCAUGGGUAGCAGAUGCGAUGGAGAUGAUGAUCCUCAGCAUCUUGGGGCCACAGCUGCACUGUGAGUGGAGGCUGCCCAGCUAUAAGGUGGCUCUCAUAACCUCGGUGGUGUUUGCCGGGAUGGGGAUCAGUUCACCUUUAUGGGGAAAGGUGUCUGACAAGUUUGGCAGAAAAGUUGGUCUAACACUUUGUAUGUUCUGGACUCUGUACUACGGCCUGUUGAGUGCCUUUGCUCCUGUGUAUGGCUGGCUCUUGGUCCUGCGGGGCCUCGUAGGCUUUGGCAUUGGAGGAGCUCCACAGUCGGUGACACUCUACUCAGAAUUCCUCCCAAUGAAGGCGAGAGGCAUCUGCAUCAUGCUGAUUGCGGUAUUCUGGGCAGUUGGUGCUGUGUUCGAGGUCCUCCUGGCCCUGUGGAUAAUGCCCACUUUGGGCUGGAGGUGGAUGCUCGCCCUGUCCACUUUGCCGAUGGCAAUCUUUGUUUGCUUUUGCUUUUGGCUUCCUGAAAGUCCUCGUUUUGACAUGCUGAUGGGAAAAAGAGAGAAGGCCAUGAGAACCUUAAUGCGUGUUGCCAAAGAGAAUGGCAAGGCCAUGCCUCAAGGGAAGCUGAUUUCCUAUAAACAAAAUGACCGUGGACAAAUCAAAGAGCUCUUCGCUCCUCAGUACUGGAGGACUACUCUGCUCCUGUGGUUUAUAUGGUUUGCAUAUGCCUUCUCUUAUUACGGGAUCCUCCUGUUGACAACUGAGAUGUUUCAAGCUGGAGAUGGAUGUGGGGCGACCCAAGGGGCGAAGAUUGAACCAAGCUGUAGUCUGGAAUGCAAAUAUUUGACAUCAGAUGACUACAAAGAUCUCUUAUGGACCACCUUGGCUGAAUUCCCAGGUCUUUUAGUUAUCCUUAUUGCAGUUGAGUGCAUAGGCAGGAAGAAGAGCAUGGCACUGUGUUUCUUCAUGUUUUCCUUGUGCAUUCUGCCCUUAUAUGCUUGUAUUGGGAGGACUGCUCUUACCAUCUUCAUCUUCAUUGCCAGAGCCUUCAUCUCUGGAGGAUACCAAGUUGCUUAUGUUUACACACCAGAGGUGUUUCCUACAGAAAACCGUGCCUUAGCGAUUGGGACCUCCAGUGCGAUGGCCAGGUUGGGUGCCCUGAUCACCCCCUUUGUGGCACAGGUGAUGCUCAGAGUAUCAGUGUAUUUGACCCUGUCGUUAUACUGUGGCUGUUGUGUGCUGGCCGGCAUCGCAUCCUUGGUCCUGCCCAUUGAGACGUUAGGCAGGAGUCUGCAGGAAUCUGGUCCUGACCAGGAGGCCGUAGGGCAGACAACCAACCAGUCAUCAAAUGGUACACCACACUCCCAGGGUUAAAUCAAUCAGGAGGAUUUUUUUUUAUGGAAAAGAAAGGAUAUUGUGUCACCUCCCAGGCUGCUGCAGACGCUGCAGUUGUCUCUUUAACUAUGGACUGAAUCGCCUGAGCGGUGAUGGGUGAAGAGCAACAGGGGACAAUCUCAUUACAGGCACGGAGUGAUAAUUGAGGAUAGGCCUACUGCCCAUGUCUGUUUUGCUUCAGGCUUUUUUUUUGUUUGUUUGUUUGUUUGUUUGUUAGUAAAUCUCAGGUUUGUACUUUGCACAAUAAGAGAUACAUGGUUCUAUUGCCAUGGCUCUACAUGAAGGAUUGUGUGAUUAAUUGAUUAGUCUAGCGCUGCAACAAUUAGUUGAUUACCUGAUUGGCAAAAUAAUUAUUUGGCAGCUAUUUUUGUAAACAAAUAAUUGUUUUCUGUUUGUUCCACCUUCUCAAAUGUGAUUAUUUAAUGCUUUUGUUUUGGAUUGUUAGCCAGACAAAACUGGCCAGUGUGAAAUUAGAACAACAAUUUUGGACCACCAUCUGACAUCUCCUAAACAAAACAAUUCACUGAGAAAAUAAAAGGCAGAUUAAUCAACA